CGGCAAAGAGGCACAACCAGUCGACAUGACGUCCACGAGUAUAUAGGAGGGGAACCAUCCAACUUGAACCUAUCCUCUGUCCUACAAGAUCCCGGGUCAAUAGGAAAAUACUACUCUUCGUGAGGCGCCCAAGAUGUCUUCGACAACCAUGGCUUCCUCCAGCUUGCGCACUCUGGCCCGUCCCAGGCGUACCAUCAUCCUCCGUCCACGAUCUGCAACUACGCCUCGACUGUCAACCCGGAGGCACUAUUCUUCUAAAGGCUCGGCCAAUCCAUCCCAUCAUCCGGCGUGGGUCCGGCAAUCAUCUGCCAUCCUUGCUGCUGCGGCCAUCGUCGCAAUGGUCUACAGCACGACACGUCUGAACGAGGCCGCAGCAGAAGCCCCGGCGACGGACCCUCCCGAGAUCAAGGUUGAGAAGUCGAGGAAGAGAAAGGGACUUUCGAAAGAGGAGAAUCGAGACCUGAUCAGCUCACAGCACUUGCAAGUCAAGAAGAGUUGGGAAAAUCCCGGGGUGUACGCAUGGGGAUCCAAUACGGGGAAGGUGGUGGCUCCAGAAUCAGACGAGCCAUAUAUCAAGACGCCGAGAAGGAUUCCGUUCUUCGACAACCACCUGCUCCGAGACUUAAAACUCGACAGAAACUUCGGCGCGGCUAUAUUAGAGAACGGAGAUUUGGUUCAAUGGGGAAAAGCGUACUCGGAGGACACUUCCCAACCGACCGUCACAUUAAAGGGCAAAGAUCUCAAAUCAAUCGCAAUCUCGAGGGACCGGAUAAUUGGCCUGGCAAAGAAUGGGAACGUCUACUCUAUCCCUGUGUCUAAAGCCGACCAAGAAAAUGGACCUAAGCCAAGAGAGUCCUCAUGGCUGCCGCUCUGGAGCUCCACGUCUCCGAUCAGCUAUAGGAAAUUGACUCCGCAAAACUUGGGCAUAGGCGAGAAGGUCACAGCCAUCAGUGGUGGCUUGGAGCACGUGUUGUUGCUUACCAGCGCCGGUCGUGUGUUUUCUGCUGCCUCCAGCACCGAGGAGUAUCCAAGUCGUGGCCAACUGGGUGUCCCCGGUCUGACCUGGCUUACCCGGCCUGCCGGAUCCUACGACAUGUGUCAUGAACUGACUACACUCAAGGGCUUCAAUAUCGAGAAAGUUGCCACUGGAGACACACAUUCGUUGAUCCUGGACAAAGAAGGGAGAGUGUUUGCCUUUGGCGACAACUUAUUCGGCCAGCUCGGGUUCGAGUUCAACCCAGAAGCGCCAUAUGUCGACAUGCCGUCCUUACUCCCCAUCAACAAGCUCUAUCAGGGCACAAACAUGGUGCCCAAAGUGACGGGCAUAUCCGCUGGUGGUCAGAAUAGCUUUUUCACAAUUGACGCUACACGAGUUCUCGGCCCGGCUGAAGAUCCAUCUGAUGUUCGUACUUUGGGCCGUGUGACAGCGGAUACUUGGGCUUGUGGACAGGGCAUCAAGGGCUCUCUUGGAAAUGGCAGAUGGACUCAUGUCCAGGACUCGCUUACCAAGAUUCCCGGCCUCAGUGGCCUUUUUGAGUAUGACGAGAAGAAGAAGGCGGUCGUCCCAAUUCGUCUGGCUCGCAUGUCGAUUGGCUCUACGCACGCCUCCGCUGUCAUGGAUAAUGUCACACAUCUGGACGCAAACGAAAAGAGCUCCGAGGACGACACAAACUGGGGUGCGGACGUGCUAUGGUGGGGCGGUAACGAAUUUUAUCAGCUUGGAACUGGGAAGAGGAACAAUGUUUCCACUCCUCAGUAUAUCCGACCAUUGGACAUGGCAUCGGAAAUUGCGGCGGGCAGAAAAGAACAGCAUCGUCUCCACCUGACGCCCAAGCAUACGAUCAAAGUCAACGGACGAAAGGUCGAUGUCGAGCAGAGGGUUGAAUGUGGAAGGAAUGUCACUGCCAUUUACUCAGCGGUAUAAUUGGGGUUCAAGCCGUUGAAACGUGGCUGUGGGUGACUAGCUAUUCCUCAACAGCAGACCGAUUGCUGGCAUGGCUUUGUGAGGAUUUGUCGUCGACCUUCUCUGCUGCAAGCAGUAACAUUCCCCGUCGCAUUUUUUACGCAGCACUUUUCCCCUGAAGUUUGCAAGGUGGCCUCUGAAUAUACAGUGAGUGCUCUGGCAGGACACAUCCGCCAUUCAAGCUCACCUGCGACUCCACAACCUCCACCCCCACCCUGAGUGAAGGUACCUCUUGUCGAUAUGGUGGUGAAGUUUCUUUCCUCAUAGGGAAGCAUCAGGAACGGGAUUCGAUGAUUAUCAAUCCCGAACAGACAGUCACCGAAGGACUACGGUCUAUUGUGGUCCUGUGACGAGCGUUGCGAGUUUCUUCUCAAUGUCGUUGUUGACACAGCUUCAAGGGCCCUGCAAUCAUCUUCACCAUAUCAUACACUCACCAUUUAUUAGUCAAAUGUUCAGGUUUCAGCUGCCCCUGGCAAGAAGCUGAAGAAAUAUAUGCACGAGGGCGAAGGAAUGCCUGAAAUCGGGCGAAGAAAAGAGUUACCUGCACGAGGGUGAAGGAUUACGUACUGCACCUUUCGCCAUUGAUCCGCUCGACACAUUUGAUACAGUUGAUCCGAGUGAAGUGGAAUCGAAAGCGAUCCUCAGCAGAUGAAGUGCAUCAAUUCUUGAUUAAGAGGGAAUGUGAAGCUGAGUGACAGAUCAUGCCAUCAGAAUACCGUGAAACAGAGGCCCAGCCCCUUCAUCUUCAAGUUGUCGUUACCUCUCUUUCACCAGAGUUGGAUCUUGAUGCAAUGAUCUAUCACUCACUGCAGCUUCAUCAAUCGGUCCAUGUAUAACAUCCAUAUCACGAGCUUAGGCAAUCAAUACGACAACACGAAAUUAAAUUGAAUGGAAUGGAAAAGUUGGAGUUUUCUUUUUCAGCCCGGCACCUUGCGUCCAUUACUCAGGAAAGGGUUCACGAAGGCUUCGUUCUAUUCUUCGGUGGUCAUGUACCUAAACACCUUUUCUUUUCUUUGGGUCUGGUGCAACGCAAGGAUGUAAUACCAGGUAUAUUGGUAUGAUGGUAGCAGUUUUGAGAGGACGUGAGAGGAGAUGCGAGAAAGGGGAUGGUGAGGUGGCUGAAUAUAAUGGGUGGAUUCCCAUAUCCCACGAAUAUGGUCUCUACUGGUCUACGUCGAUACCAGGUACUUCCAGGUAGUAUAGUAAUACGGGAUCGUCGCUCGAUGCUCUGUUGUUGUUUUUAUUUGUAAUGUACAUUUGACUUCCACCAAAUUGAAGCAAGCCGCUGCAAUUUUUCUUGCGAGAAUGCAAAGCGACCAUGUUUGAGCAGAAAUUUUUUCAUCGCCAGGACGAUGCCUUUCCAUGCCAACCCGAGGCAAUACAAUACAAUGCGGAGAAAAUGCCCCAAUACCUAGGUAGCUUAGCUGAAGAGGAAAAAUUGCAA